AUGAGCUCCUCUACACCUUCAGGCUCCGGUCUGCGCUACCCCUCAAACAAGAAGACAAUCUACGAUCGCAAUCUGAACCGCAGUAAAAACGCCGAACUGAGCCGCGCUGCCUUCGCCUACCUCUUUAUCGAAAUGAUAAGCUACGCACAGCGAAGCGCAAAGGAUGUAGGCGAUCUAGAGCAAAGACUAAACAACCAAGGUUAUCCCCUCGGCAUCCGCCUCCUUGACCUCCUCCUAACCCGCUCCGCAAACCCGCUCUCCUCAAUCCGCCCGACGCGGAUCCUUCCUUUGCUCCAAUUCAUAGCGCAAACACUGUACAGACAUCUCUUCGGCCGCCCUGCAGAUGCGCUGGAGCGUUCAGGCACCGACGCCGCACAGUACAUGAUCUUCGACAACGAGCCGCUGGUCAACUCGUACAUUUCGCUGCCGCGCGAGCUGAGCAGCCUUAACUGCGCGGCGUUCGUCGCGGGCGUCAUUGAGGGCGUUUGCGAUGGCGCUGGAUUCCCCACUGAGGGUGUGAGCGCGCAUAGCGUGGGCGAUCAGGACGAGGCUGCUGCAAGUGGUGGUGCGGCGGCCCCCGCGGAGGGAGGGAAGAAAGCUGCGGGGCCGUUAUGGCCAGGGAAAACGGUGUUCUUGAUCAAAUUUAAGAAGGAGGUUUUGGAAAGGGAGGAGAUUCUCGCCAGGGGUGGUGGGUGA